AUGGAUUGCCACAAAAGGAGAGGAAGAGCAAAGCAGGAGCAGUGGCUGGCUGCAGCUCGGGCUGCUUCAGCUAUGGCACCCCCGCGCCUACUCUCGCUGCCUACUCCACUGCUGCUCAAUUGCGCCUCGGAGUCGCGACCAUGUCUCGGGCGAAACACUACUGCAGGGUCCAGAUCCGAGGAGAAGCGUCGAGUGCGGUUCGAUAGAACUGUGGCCGACACAUCACGGCCCACGGAGCUUGGAUUGCGCUCUUGUAGCAAGAAGUUGAGAGCAUGUAUCGUCUUUGCUGAUCAUGAAUCUGGCUAUGGGCCAUCAUCAUCAUCUUCUUCGUCACGAAACCAAUACCCUGACAAUGAGAAUGAGGAGAAUGAUAAGGCAGAUGAUGACUCUUCAAAGAUUGGCAAGGAAGACGAAGCUUUAAUGUCUGAUGAGGAACGACUUGCGGAGGAGCAAGCAAGAAGACGGCGAGAGGAAUUAGUACGACAAGCGUUGGAAGAAGCCAGAAUCAAGAAGGAAGUUGAAACAUUAUUCAAGUUGAGCCAGCAAGCUUAUGGCCGUGGUGUUUAUGAUAAGAGUGUUGAAAUGUUGGAAGAUGCUCUUACAAAAGUUCCAGGUGGCACUAAUCUUGGUGGCGAGAUGCAGCUUUGGCUGGCUUUGGCAUACGAUGCAAUGGGUCGACAUGCGGAUUGUAUUGCUGUGUACAAGCGUUUGGAGAGCUCUCAUCCUAACAAGAACCUUCGAAAGCAGGCUGCUGAUUUACGAUUCAUUGCCGAGGCGCCCAAGCUGAAAAUUUCACAGGAUGAAAUGGUCAAAAUCCCUUUGAUGGAAAAGGACUUCGAUAGGAAAGCUAAGAGAUGGAGCCAGCUUGUGAAAGAGAAAAGGAGAAAGCCUAUGAAAAAAUCAGCUCAAUCUAAGGACUAUCUAGAAGAUUGGUUGGUAUGGAAGCCUCCUCGUUGGGAAAAAAGUCCGUACUUUUGGGUAGCUAUAACAGUUUGGCUUACUUUGGUUGGGUUUUCACUCAUUUUUCAAAACUGAUCCAUUUCUUCAUUUUAGAUGGCAUGUGGAUUCUUGUAGUAUGAUAAUUACUCGACUAAUGAAGCCCUCAUCAAGGAGGUUGUACAAAAUGGAAGUCUCAAGUUUGGUAGAGCCAACCUGCAAUAGAUUUGAAGGAUGUUGUGAACAUUGUAGACUGAAGUCCAUGCAUGUAAGUAUUGCAUUUUACAUCGUGGCUAAGCAAAAUCUGUAACAAUUUUUUCCCACACA